GUAUCUUUCGCGUCUUCAUCGUUUGUUCGAAUCUCUUGUCUUGAUCAUGACUUCUCUUUCACAGCAACCAUCAUUACUUCUUUCUCUACCUCCAGAGCUCAUUCUCGAGUCUCUCGCUCAGGUAGACUAUACACCGGGUCAUCUCGAUCAACUCAGGCUCGUAUGCCAUGACUUCAACGACCUCCUACAGCAAUACGAGCACAGUCUAUCAUUAGAGAUCAUUCGUCUACAGUUCCCACUGAACAUUCUGGCCAAAUAUCCUGGUCUUCACACUCCUGGCUCAAGUCUCGGUUUCAAAACACUAGAUGAGCUAUACAUGCGAUUUAACACCUUGUUCCGGAUAGAGAGGAAUUGUCACAACAUCCGAAGACGAGAGGGUAAAGAAGCAGCUUGGAUGCGACCCGAAUGGGUAAAUUUGCAACAGGCAGGAAUGCACUUGCUAUACCGUAUUCAUGACUCUAAGAGCCACGAGAACAAAGCUCAAAUCAUCAAAUCACUACCCCCGACAUCCCUUGCAAUCCUCCUCCUAACUCUUCACCUCUGCGUCCACCAACUACGCUCUGACGGCCCUUGUAUCCUCAUACCAACCUCUCCCCUGCUUCAUGGCAUGCUACGCUUCGAAGUCGAACUCUGUACCCAAGAACUCAUCCUCCACCACGGUCCUAGCUACCAAGAUGCCCUCCUCUGUCACUGUCCCCACGCGAUAUCUCUCCUCGAAACAGAAGUCAGAAACAUGGAGACCAGACAAUUACCUUCUGAAGAUGGGAAAGAUGCACAAAGAACAUUAAUUGCAGAGUGCAGAUGCAGGCUAGCAGAGACUCUCGGGUCAGAUGUCGAGCACAACAGAAAGGACAUGUGGAGUAUACUAGAAAGGAUCGGAAGUUUGACCGAAGAGGACGUCGUCAAAAUCAUCAGAGGAGAAGAACUCAUCACCAGAAAACGACAAGAUUCCGGUGUUGGUCUAUAA